UUUGUGCUCUACCGUUUUCUUUCAGGAGCCAGGAGCAUUUUCAGAAUUUAGGACUCCAGUGAUAUGAUAUUUAUACUACAUAUUACUUGUACCUGGUCGGGAGGUUAAUAAGUCCAAGGGUGCCAUUAAGUUUCCCAGGAGAAACUCAUCGUUGCGGACACAAUUUCAGAAUAAAGAAAAAAAACUCAGGGAGAAUUUUAGCCCCCCUAAAUCUCAUUGGACCUCUGCACAAGCCAAGUCACAACCACUCCUGCAACACAACCGGAUUCCUUUCAGCACUCGCGGCCAUGGACAGCUCCCUCGCCGCGCGGUGCUCUCCUCCGCAGUGAUCUGACUUCCCCAGCCAGCAGCCGCCGGUGCGGCACCCGACACCGGUCUUAGCCAGCGCGUAGGGAACACGCGCUCCCUCCCGCCUCCCUCUCAGUCCCCCGCCCUUCGCUCACUCCGGCCCACUCCAGCGGCGACUUUGAGGGAUUCCCUCUCAGGCGCCCACUGCAGCAGCACAUCUGGCCUCUUCCGCAGCAACUGCAAGCAUGGAUCUCAGAGGAAGAGCCUUUCUCAGCGUCCAUAGACUUCGAAUUCUUCUGAUGCUGUUCCAUACAAUGGCUCAAAUCAUGGCAGAGCAAGAAGUGGAAAAUCUCUCAGGCCUUUCUACUAACCCUGAAAAAGACAUAUUUGUUGUACGGGAAAAUGGGACGACGUGUCUCAUGGCAGAAUUUGCAGCCAAAUUUAUUGUACCUUAUGAUGUGUGGGCCAGCAAUUAUGUCGAUCUGAUCACAGAACAGGCUGACAUCGCGUUGACCCGGGGAGCUGAGGUGAAUGGCCGCUGUGGCAGCAAUGAGUCGGAGCUGCAGGUGUUCUGGGUGGACCGUGCAUAUGCUCUCAAAAUGCUGUUUUUAAAGGAAAGCCACAACACGUCCAAGGGAUCAGAAGCGACGUGGAGGCUGAGCAAGGUGCAAUUUGUCUACGACUCCACGGAGAAGACCCACUUUAAAGACGCAGUCAGCGCUGGGAAGCACACAGCCAAUUCGCAUCACCUCUCUGCCUUGGUCACCCCAGCUGGGAAGUCCUACGAGUGUCAAGCUCAGCAGACCAUUUCUCUUGCCUCCAGCGAUCCACAGAAAACUGUUACCAUGAUCCUAUCAGCUGUCCAUAUCCAGCCCUUUGACAUCAUCUCAGAUUUUGUCUUCAGUGAAGGUAAAUUGGGAAGUGGAGGCAUGAGAAAGGAGGAAGGGAUGGCUGAUGGGGAGAGAUGCAUGGGGAGAGAGCUGCCAGGGUCCCAGGAUAGUACCAUUUGGAUUUUUCUCCAGGCUCAAGUGAUACUGCUUCCCUUCAUAACAAUUCAAAUCUAAAAAGGCAAUAAGAUGAAUAUAUCAAUUUUCCUCAGUGGCUCUUUCUUUCUCGUCUCCUUUCUUCUUUACCUCUUUUCUUCCUUCUCUCUCU